CAGACGGAAAAGAAAAUGAGAACAAGAAUGACAAAAGAAGAAAUAAGAAAGAAAAUGGAAAAGUUCCUCAAAAGUGGAAAGUAUAAGAUGAAAGUUGGACGUCUUAUCUUCUGGGAUUUUGGUGGACAAUAUGUUUAUCUAACAACACAUCAGACCUUCAUGACGUUCCGGGCAUUGUUUCUUGUAGUAUUUGAUGGGAGCAAAGAUUUGCAUGAACAGGUCCCUGAUGUGAUGUGUUUUCCAGGGCAGCACAUGACGCCAACGCCAGCAGUAUUCUUGCAAUAUUGGGUCAAUUCCAUCCUGACCUAUUGUAAGGUUGUAUAUGCAGGCAUUCCAAAAAUCUUGUUUGUUGCCACUCACAAGGACAAAGUACCAAUGGAGAAUAUUGAGACCAGACGUGAAGAGCUUUACAGAGGAAUUGAGGAGUUGUUUAAAGACCACGAGGGAAAACAUCAUCUGGUCCUUAGACCUCUAAUAUUUGUCAAUGCCAAAGAUCAAGCCGACCCAGAAAUAGAAGUUCUGAAGAAAACAAUAACAGAACUUACAUUCGACCACCCAUGCUGGGGUGAAAGAAUGCCCAAUGCUUGUGUUCCACUAGAGCUAGAGAUCGCUGAACUAGUGGCAGAAGGAAAACAAAUAAUGUCAUUGGCUGAAGUUAAAGAAUUAAAUGCUAUCAGCGAGGUGUCUGUCCUGUCCCCUGAGCAGUUGGCUGAUUUCCUACAUUUUCAUCAUUCCCUGGGGAAGAUUGUUUAUUUCGAUACCCCCCAGCUGAGAGAUAAUGUAAUGAUCAACCCUCUUCUUAUGGUGGAAGUUAUGAGAUCUUUUAUCACAGAUGUUGCAUUUUGGCCCAAAGAAAAUAAAACAAGGAAAACCUUUCAAAAGAUGUCUGAAAAUGGAAUGAUACAAAAAGUAGACCUCUACCAGAUUUGGGAACAAGAAGAAUUCCGUCAGAUUUUAACAUUUAAAGAGUACAUAUUUGAUAUGCUAAUACAUCUAGAUAUCGUAUCCGAACAACGGAGAUAUGAUACAAAAACAGGAAGUCGUCUACCAAUAGAAAACUUCUUUGUACCCUGUAUGCUUACCCAAAGAAAUGAUACAGAUUUCUUGAAACAAGAAUGUACACCAGAGAGGACACUAAGUUUGGCCUUUGUUUUCAAAGGAACCAUCAUACCUCCAGCCUUACCAAACCGUCUAAUAUGUGCAUGUCUGAGUAUGUGGACAUUAAAAGAAUACCAAGGACGGAAACUUAUGUUUUCUGGGUUUGUUGGGUUAUCAUUUGAUAAAGAGCAUGAUAUUGUUGUCUGUGUAGAAGGAAAUAAGAUCUUACUGCACCUUGUCCACAAGCGCUCCAAGGGCCUGAUAAUACCUGAUAUAGCCACCAGUGUCCGGGAUUGUUUGUUUGUCACUUUGGAGAGAAUAUCUGAAUUUUAUCAGUCAACUAUCCAUUGUAAAGCCAACAACAAGUUACCAUUCCACACUGAGUAUUCCUGCUCAAAAUUAAACUGUUUUACUCCAGAAGAAUAUAUGGUUGUAGAUACAGAGGAAUUUCUUUGCGAACAUGGUGAAAACAUUAAACACAACUGGAGAGUUUGGAAUCAGAAACUGGAACAAAUGCAGUGUGAUCCUAGUUGUCCAGGUUUGAGUGAAUAUUCUUUAGAUCAAAUUCCAAGUAACCCCGAGUUGCUUCGUCUUUCUGGUACUUGUGAGGAAGACUUGAUACAUGAAUUAGCACUUCGUCUUGGAAUGGAAGAGAUAGAUUGGAGAGAUAUUGUCAAGAAUUACACAGGAAAUACACAGAUGGUCAAGUUUUUGACACUUAUUCACUUGAAAGAGAAUUAUUCAAUAUGUUUUGGAGAUCUAGAUAAAAGUUUGAAAGAGAUGAAAUUAACAACACACACAUUAUGCAUGGUCAGGAGAAGAAAACAAGUGAAAUCUAGAAUUCCAGACGAUAUAUUAGAUUGUAUCCCUACAGAUGAAAUUUUAGACAAGCUAGCACCACAGAUUGGAAAAAUGGUUUUUCAACUUGGAACAGAACUCGGAUUGUCCAUAGCGGAUUUAGAAAACAUCGACAAAUGUAGUCCCGAUUUGACAGCCCAAAAUAAGGAAGUGUUAUUUACUUGGAGAAAAGACAGAUCAGUAAAGCCUACAAUACGGGUCAUUACACAAGCUUUAGUUAAUAUAAGAAAAGGUGUACGUUGUUUAGAGGAGGUUGUGAGGAACGUAGAUGCAAAAACAUUAAGAGCUGUGGAAAUAGUUACAGAUAAAAUCAGAGAUAAUGCAGACAGAAUCAUACAGGACAUACAAAUCAGUCAAAUUUUAGACCAUAUGAUGACACAUCUGGUGAUAUCAGCAGACGACAGACUUGAUAUUGAACAUUAUCCUCGACAUGAUGACCAGAACAAAGCAUUGCUGGAUAUUGUUAUUAAAAGGAGAGAGCCUGUUUACAGUGUGUUUGUUGAUGGAUUACGUAAUUAUGGAUACGAAGAUAUCGCUAAUGAUUUGAAAUGUUUUGCACAGGAAACAAGUACAACAUUAAUAUCUGCUGAAAAUAAAGGCCUUUCAGUUUGGAAUGUUCCAUUGUAUAAAGUUCGUCUACAAAAGAAUUACGUUAAUGUUAUCACUAAUAUACAACAUGAAAGCAUAGUAGAUCAUCUAAUAUCAAGAGAGGUAGUGUCAGUUGAUGAUGGGAAGAAGAUAGAAUCGGGUAAAACACCACAGGAAAAGAACAGGAAUUUGAUGGACAUGCUGUUGCGUAAAAGUGAACACGGAUUCAAUGAAUUUCUCAAAGCACUUCGAAAAGACUCAAUUUAUGCAGACCUAGCAGAGCAAAUAGAAAAGACAGAAGUUACUAGCACAGAUAUGGCAACCCUUCAUAAAUGCUUGAAAUAAAAUAAAUGUAAUUUCUUUCAGAAAAAAACAGCUAGGAAAACCAUCAGUUAACAAUCAAUAGAAGGAGAUAUUGUCAAUCCAAUGCAUCACGAUUUGGUCACUUAAAAGAUCCACUGAAAAUUCAGAAAUUAUUGCGUGCAUUUAUUAUUGCCUUUUUUAAAUGGACAAAAAUGCGAUAUUAAUUAUAGCGAUGUCAGGAGAAUCUUUAUACCAAUAUAUGUAUCAGAUAUACAAAUGUGAGUUCUUAUUAUUGCAAUACUCACGCAGUCGCAUUAUUCGCAUUAAUAAAAACCUGGGAAAUAGUUUCUGAAUUUACAGUAUGUGAAUGAAUCACAAUGUAAAAGUGAUAACAAUCUUAUAUCUCAAACAUAUUCCAUGUGUGAGUGUCAUGCAUGGCAAGAAAAAAGCUAAAAUAUGUACUAACCCCUUUUAUGAGAGUUGAUUCCUAAACUUCAAUCCCAAUAUCCAUUUGACGUGGCUCGGUAAUUAUACAGCCCGUCAUUGUGUUAUUGUGCUAUGGUAAAUUUUUGUAUCAUCGCUUUCGUUUUUGCCAAUAUACUUUGUCUAUAUGCCUUUUUGUUUUUUUUUAUAGUGAUUUAGACUUUAACACAAUGUAUACUACUGUAUCCUUAUUUUUGACAAUUUUACCUAUUAUGUCUAUUUGCUUUGUUCACACAUUGGGGUCAAUAUAAUGGAAUUUUAUGCGACUUUCAUACAAGUUAGAGGUUUAACUAGCUAUAAAGCAGGUUCAAUAUCCCAUUUUCGACAUAAGCAAAUGUUUGUACAAAAUCAGGAAUAUGAAAGUUGAUAUCCAUUCAUGUAGUGUGUUUGAUUACGGACUUUUCAUUUUGAAAAUUUCUCCGAGGUCUGUAUUUUGAGAUAUUUUACUUUUUACCAGUGUUCGUUCCUAAACAAAUAUGAUAAUUAUAAAACAGUCAUAACACGUUUGUUCAAGCAAAUAUUUUUUAAGUAUUUUACUAGAAUUAUUGAUAACCCGAAUUGCCACAGUUUAUUAAGGCCACAAACGUCUAGGUGAACCAACCUUAGUGUUUUUUAUAAUACAAAAUGUCGUAAACAGAUAAUUUGCACAUGUGAUAUGUCAUAACUUCUGCACUGGUUAUACCUGUUAGAACGUAACAAACGCCAGCAGUGGCAUCAACCCGUUCAUUGUAAAAACUAGUAGAGUAUACUUAAUUUGUCAUGCUGGUGGGUAAACUAGCUGUGUUUAGAAAUCAAUUAAAUUUAAACUUAUCAAUAUUUGUAAAGUUAAAUAAUACCAUUUACAUGUCGGACAGAGAUCAACUGAUAAACUGCUAGAUUGAAAUUGUUUGCAAAUACAUGGCUAUUAUAAUUUCUUUCUUUCUGUGAUGUGUAUACAAGUAGCCAUCUAUAUUUGUAGUUCCCCAUUUACAAAGGUUGCAUUUCUGUAAAUAUAAACAGUGUAAUUUCUCAGCUUCUUUUACAGCUUUAACUGUACCAUUUUUACACUGAAGUUUCGUACGAAUGUGUAUCCAACAUGUCCAAGAAUGGAAAGUUCAUUAGCACUUUUAUUUUUUUCAAAGGUCAAAACGUAAGUCUGUGCAGCAUAUUUUUAACAAUUAUAUACCUCAAACUUAUAAGAUUUUAAACUGAUACACAAAUUAUGUACUUUCUCACCCUUCACGUUUGGUCAUACUCAGAAUUUAGAUUGGUCGCUUCUCAUGUGUAUUUAUACUAGUUAAAUUCCCAAGGUGUUUAUCUUUUAGAUGAACUUUAGAGAUCAUACCAGUAAAUUUACAACACAAAAAAUAUAUCAAUAGUAUAUAUAUCCCCUAGAUACAAUAUAUUUUAUACGCUAUUUUAAUAAAUUUUGAAUAACCUACAUAGCUGCAAUGAGUUAUUACGAGUUUCAUUUCAUUCGUAACUUUUUAUAUCAAUCACUUAAACCUGUUCAAUAAUACCUUAAUAGUUAAUUUAGUUCUAAAUUUAAGUCUAAUGGAUACUAAAGUAUGCACAUAUGAAAUAACUAAAUCAGAGACCCAAUCUUGUCCUUCAUGCAUUUCUAAAUUCUUGACAGUAGCUUGCUACUUUAAAUGUAAGCUUGUAAAUACAAAUGUUUCUUCAUCAAUAAGGUUUUGAACAAAAAUGCAAAGAUAUGCUCAUAAUAUGUAAAUAUAGUUAUUGCUAAAAAAACAACAAUGUUUUUGACAUAAUGCAUCUGUUCUAUCAUAUGAAAUUAUUUUUCAUACAUCAGAAACACGGAUUUUGAAUCCAAAUAAAUCAGUGAUUAUUGUUUGAUUAUAUUAUAUAAUCAAAUAUUUGAAAGUGUUUGAGAACAUAUAUAUCACACAACAUUUAUGGACACCGAAUCAAAUUGUGUGUCUCUACCAAGUACGGUUAUCUUCACCAUGUGUUGUUUGUUUGUGUUUAAGCGCAAUGCUAUACAACUUUCUGUUUGAUUUGCCCUUUUAACAUUUUUAUUAUAUUCAAUUAUAUUCAAUAGAGAUUAGAUUUUGUGAGGCCCCUCAUGGGGGUGUCCGAGUGAUCAUAUAAUCACAAUUUUUUAAAAAAUUUAAUCACAGAAUCCUUAUUUUUUUUUUCUAAACAAGAUAAUCAAAUAAUAAAAAAUACAGUUCUAGAUUAUCAAAUAAUUAAAUAUUCAUAAAAUAUUUGGUCUGGUAACCAAAUACCCAAAUAAUCACUAUAAAAACAGCUGAAUAAAGAAAUACUCAAUAACCCCAGGGUGAGGCUUUUUGUCAGAUAUGAUUUUGCAACAAUAAUAAUAGUUUGAUUUCAUGCUUCAUAUUUUUUUCCUUGCACUCAAUCACCCCAAAUGUGUACUAUAAAAUCUUAUACCAGAUUUGUCAUUAAUUUGCCAGCCUUUUUCAAUGCUUAUACAUUUUGCCUUCAAACAGUUAACUAUAAAUUAAUACAACUGUUUUAUUUUAAAUAUUUAGAAACUUUGUUAUUUACAAAUUUAAUAUGAUAUAUGAUACAGUUGUGUUUUUGUUGUUGAUGUGAUUAUUGUAGCACUUUAUGUGUGUAAGAACAAUCUUAUAUGUGUAUAUAUGUAUAAUCUGUUUGUGCAUUCUACUACCCUUCAAGGUAAAAUCAAAUGUAAAUAAAGGUUCUUGUUCUUA